AUGCCCCGCUUAUGGCCGACAAACGCGAGACAGAACAUCGCCGUCGAGAGAAAAUCCUCUGAGGAACUUACCAGAUCGCCCCUUGCGCUGCCGUCUUCGCAGAGUGCCGCCGGCACUCGCCGAACUUCAUCAAGUCCAGCCCGGCAGCUGCCUCGAAACGACCCAGUAAAGGUGUUAUCAGACCUUCUUGGCAGUACCACACCUAAUGACGAAUACUUGGCGGAUACAGUGGAGCCAGUUGUCGAUGAGCAUAUUCUGAAUGACAUCGACUUUGGGGAUCGAGGGAUUGAUGAUUACAACACUGAUUGCACAUCGUCGUUUGCGUAUAAUGACAGCGCUUCAAGGAAAACCGAGUAUUCCGAUCUACACGAAUCUAUCAGAUCAUGCGAUAGCGUUCUUGAGUCUAUCGAGUCUUUUCUGCAGCAGUUUCGAAAAGACUUGGGAUCUGUGAGCAAAGAAAUGGAAGCCUUACACCACAGAUCAUUGGCAAUCAACAACCAACUUGACAAUCGCAAAGCUGUUGAGACGCUUGUGGGUCCAGCUGUAGAAGGUAUCGUCCUCAGUCCUGCUGUCAUCCGUCGAAUCACCGAUGGCGAAGUAAACGACGCUUGGCUCGAUGCCUUGAUGGAGUUGGAUCAGAAAACAGCAGAACUAGCAACCCAUUCCCCGCAAGAGAUAAAGGCAUUUGAAGAGGUGGCAACUCAGAUGAAGAAACUCAAGCAGCGCGCGAUUGAGCGCAUACGAGAUCACCUCGUAUUCUGUAUUAAAUCCAUCCGCGUUCCCGACUGCAACCUACAAUACAUACAACAAGUCAACAUGCUACGUUAUCGCAUGCUGUAUCGCUUUUUGUCGGAUGCAAAUGUCGAACUUGCUGCGGAUAUCCGUCAGGCGUACGUCAAUACUGUUCGCUGGUAUUUCACGCACCACUUUGACAGAUACCAUAAGCAUCUGGAGGUACUACCCCUUCACAAAAUUGAGAAGACUGACCUUAUCGGUCUCGACGAAAGCAGCCGGAAAGGCGGGUUGUUUACCGCUAUUCGGUCUACGGCGCCUGCAUUGACCGAUGUUUACACCGUUAGUCAACGAUUUGGUAUUCUAGAGAAGAAAGAUGCAACUCUUAUCACAGUUGGUGAAGCGGAUGAGGUAAAGAAGAAACCGCACUUUGUGGAGCUUAUCUUCCGCAGCUUUAAUCUUGCCAUCUCCGACAAUGCAAUAGCCGAGUUUUCCUUCUUGUCGGAUUUCUUCGGAGAAAAAAACGCCGUCGCAAGCACCAUGUUUCGUGACAUCUUUGAGCCCACGCUAAAUUUGGGGACCAACUUCACACGGGCACUUAUUGACCACACGUUUGAUGUGUUAGGGGUCCUGAUAUGUGUCCGUCUGACUCAGCAAUUUGCAUUUGAACUGCAACGACGACGUGUUCCAAUUCUUGAAGGGUACAUCAAUGGCACUUCUAUGCUUCUAUGGCCUCGACUACAGGUUGUUAUGGACGCACAUGCGGAGAGCCUACGUCGAGCGAAUUCUGCAACUAUAAGGCAGUCCGUGGCAGACAAGACAGGGGUUGCCCCGCAUGCAAUAACGCAACGGUUUGCGGAGCUCCAGCGCGGUAUCCUUUUGUUGAGCGAGGAGUCCGGUGAAGAGGAACCCGUAGCGAACAGCUUCGGACGUAUGCGAAGUGAUUUUGAGGCGCUCUUGACUAGACUGAGCGCCGCUAUAAGCGACCCCAAGAAGCGAGAGCGGUUCCUUCACAACAAUUAUUCCCUCGUAGCUACGGUCAUAAGCGAUACCAAAGGCCGUUUAGCACAAGAAGAGAAACGACAUCUAGAAUCAUUGUUAAGGGCAUACUCGGGAUAG